AUGGGAGACAAAGCAUGUGGAGCCACGAGUAGCUCCUCUCCUUCUGGUCACUUGGACUUGAACGGUACCACAAAUCUUGCCGGGUUGUUCUUUUCUACCAAUGGUUCUUGUCCUUUGUUGUUUGGCACACCAAACCUUGCAGCUUAUGGUAUAACCAACAACUCCACCAGUUCAAGCAUAUGCUAUGACAUUUGGAACACCAAAUCUUACUGCUCAAGGUACAAUAACAAGUCCAGCAGCUCAGCCUUACCCUAUGAUGUUUGGUACGCCAAAUCUUGGUUUAACUCGAGCAGCUCAAACCUAUCCCGUUCAUGGUUUAACUCUUGUCCCAUUCGCCGCCAUGAGUCUGCAGUAAUUGCUCCUCGCUCUGCAUCAAACUUGUGUCUUCGUUUUUUGUUUUGCUCAAAGAGUCAUAAAGCAAAUGUUGUUCAACUUAAAUGA